CCCUGCCGGGAAACCAGAUGAAGCACAUCUGGACAGCUGUGCUGAGAAAGUUUGUGGGCCCCUUCCAGGCCUGCCACCCGCGAGGCACGUCCCCCACGUAGCCUCCUGCUAGACACUUAGUACUUUUUUUUUUUCCAAGAAGCAAUCAGCCAUCCUCGUUUGAAUCUUGUUCUUCCCUCAUGUGAGGCGAAGCCAUAUCACAUUCAACACAGUUGAAUUUCCAUGGGGCUUUGCGAUCAAAAGAACAGAAACAGCAACCAAAGCUCAGCUGCCUUCUGGUCCUAAGUGACAAAGUGGGGAGAGUGAGGUGUGAGCAAACAGGACGAGCCAGCGAGCGAGCGAGCAGGGUCAUGGGGAGUUUCAAAGGUCAUGUUCUCCCUGGGACUUUCUUCUUCCUCAUGGGCUUUUGGUGGACUUUAAAGAGUGUCCUAAAAUCUGUCUACAAAAAGCAAACUCGAACCUGCUACCUUAAUUCUAAAACAUUAUUACGUCGAACGGAGAUUUGGGAAGGAGUCGUUGCAAUUUUCAUGGCUCUUACUGGUAUGUCUGGGGAACAGUUUAUCUCAGGAGGACCCUCCUUGAUCUUAUAUAAAGAUGGCCAGUGGAACCAGAUCCUGGGCUGGCAUCAUACAACCAUGUACUUCUUCUUUGGGCUAUAUGGUGUAACCCAAAUCGUAUGUUACACUACUAACACACUGCCACUUUCCUUGAGCAAGUUAAUGCUAUCAAAUGCCAUCUUUGUGGAGACAUUUAUCUUCUACAACCACACACAUGGCCGGGAAAUGAUUGACACUUUUGUACAUGGACUUCUGGUCUUCAUCACUGCAUUUGCGGGUCUGGUUGCUUUCAUGGAGUUCCUCUCAAAGAACAAUGUACUUCUGGAGCUCCUACGGUCCAGUAUCAUCUUAUUACAAGGAACCUGGUUCUGGCAGAUUGCUUUUGUUCUAUACCCCCCUAAUGGAAGCGCUACAUGGAACCUGUCAGACGUUGAAACUAAAAUGUUUCUCUCAAUGUGCUUUUGCUGGCAUUACGCAUCAAUCCUUGUCAUCAUUGGAGUAAUGUUUGCUUUGGCCAACUGGCUGACAUCUGAGCCUCAUCUUCUUAGGGGCUGGGCAGUCUUCAGGAACAAUACCAGGAUGCAAGGCAAAACUCUCCUUCGUGUCAGCUCCCCUCCAGAGCCAACAGAAGACUACUGUCUCUUCCUGUUUCAAAAGCCUUCAGAUGCAUAAUAAAUGACUUGUCCAUUUACAGGUCCCUAGAAACAAGAAACUCCAGUUUUAUUUUUUAACCUCUCACAAUCCCCCUCACGGGUUGUUCCAAUCUCUAAACUGAUACUUUACUGGCAUUUGCCUGGCAUAUUUACACUAAAUGCCCAUCUCUUCUUUGAAAUCUUCUAUAAUUCCUAUGAUUCCUAUUGAUCUGUGUUUCUUAAGCUUCAGUGUUUCUUUGUUUUCACAGACACCUUAAAUAUUGUGGUCUACCAAUUGUCAUAUGUUGACUACUACUCUGUGUUAAUCCUCUCUGCCAGCUAUAUUGUAUCCUCAUGUGAAAACAUUCAUUUUUAUAUCCCCAUACCUACUGGCACAUCGCCAGACAUAUAAUAAGUUCUCAGUUGGCAUUUAUUAGCUGUGUGCUAGAUCUGCAUUUCAGAAAUAU